ACUUUCUCCCCCCUCAUCUCCCUCUUCCAUCAACCUCUGGCUCCCAACAGAACAAAGAACCAAAAUGUGCAUGAAAGCAACCUGCGCAACCUGCCAAAAAACCACCUGGUGGGGCUGCGGCGCACACAUCCCCGCCGUCCUCGACUCCGUCCCCGAGAGCGAGCGUUGCACCUGUACCCCCAAGGUUGAGCGCGACGGCAAGGAGUAUCCGCCCAAGGGCUCGCAUUGACUAGAUGGGUGCGUUGUGUUGUGAGACUGCGUGGGCGUUGAGUUGAGGGGGGACAAGGUGGCGAGGUGGCGAAUGUGGGAUCAAGAGUUUCAUUUGGCCGAGGAGUGCAGCGGGAGUUUGGCUGUGUGUACGGUGGUUAGGUUGAGUCAGAUAGGAUUGGCUCGAAUCGAGUCAGUAAAUGCAUUGCGCAUAA